AUGCUCCCUCUUGUCAUCGUGAUCGCUGCAGCGUCAGCUGCAGCGUCAGCUGGAGCAGCAGCUGGAGACACCUUAACGAACGAACAAGUGGCUCUCUUAUACAAGGUUCGGCCUGAGCCCUGCUAUCCCAACGAGAAGGUUUGCUACCGCUCCCUCGUCGAGGUUCACAAGCAGUUGAACUUUGACAGAGAGCUGUCUACCUGUACAGCAACAGCGCAGAGCCUGAUCGACUUGUCUUGCGACAUCUGUGCGACACCUCUCUGCGACGAUCUCGUAGUCGGCCCCAUCAUCACGCAGAUCAACCGCGGGUGGUUCGAUCCUGUAUCCAAGCAAGUCAAGCAAAUCGUCGGCAGCUCGCCCAAUUAUCCUUCGCAGCAACCGUCCACUCGAGCUCUUGCAGAAGCUCGCGGGUGCAAGUUCGAUCGCUGCGUCACGAGGUACGCGGUCAAGUACUACUACAGCAACCCGUCCUGCUCCGGCAACCCUAAGCGAGUGAUGGCGCAAGUUCUUGCGAGAAACUUGUCCGAGACCAAGACUGAGGAGGACUGCAAAUUAUCUCCGUCAGGGUUUUAUCGUAGGAUCGAAUGCAGCAACUUCAUUCAGCUACCAAGGUCCACGUACUUUCUGCGGAGAACGUGGGAUAACUCGUACAACUGCAGCAACAAAGCUCAGAUCACGAGCUUCGAUGCUGUUCUAGCCGGAAGUUGCGUCUUUGAGGAUGACGUGGCCAGCCCUACCUACAUGCGCUACGACUGCUCGAGGAACGAGCUCACGACUGCCUGCGGCAAUGGGUGCGCGAGCUGCGGAGGGUCGCGUGCAUUGAACAGCGAAGCGAUCACGGGGACCGGGGCGUGCGAAAAAUUGAGCGCCAUGAGCUCGCGGGAAGAAAGAGCGAUCAAUGUUGACAGCUGCAACUGGUUCAAGGUCUACACAACCACGUCAACGAAAGACUGCAGCGGUCAAAUCUCCCAGCAGGUGGUGGUGGAUAAGGUUGGAAGCUCGCUCAACUCAGCCACUGUGCUGGACAUUUCCAUCCCCGGACAGGGCGACAAGAACAAGCUUGCACCAGACUUGUCGGUUGUUAGGGUGGAGCAAGAGGGAAAGUUCCUGGUCCUCAAUUUCUGGGUGAAGGAGACUGUGGACCCUGCAAGCGCCAACGGGACGCUGCUGUCGUGCUAUCCUCGCUUUCAGCCUAACUUGCGCUACUCCAUCCUGGAUGGCGAGUGCGUGCCCAUGCUCAUGCCCAAGACAGGCGACUACUGGAAGUUGGAGGCCUCAAAGAUGAAGCAGAAGCAGAAGCAGAAGCAGGAAAAGGAGGAGCUGUAG